AGUAUCAUAAGUUCAAGCUUUGUUUCUUAGUCUACCUCGAGUCUACCUAGUAAGAUACAUCAAUCAUUUAAGUACAUCUUGGCUCGAAGUCCGUUUGCUUCGACUAAUUGAAAAUACUUGUUUUCUUCUACAAAGUCUAGUCAUCGUAGUAUCCCUCCUAUGAAAUAUCUUCUUCCUUACCUUCGACAAUCCAGAAGUCUUAUCGGAAGCAAUCUACGUCCAAUCUCAUCAUCUUCAUUAAGGAGGGGCAGCUAUUUACCCCACCACAAAAUACCUCUUAACUUUCACCCCUCCAUUCUUUCUUGUCCUACUCAACCAUCUUCCAUUUUCACAAUGAGUAAACCUCAGAUUCUUUUGUUAGGCGAGAUUGACCAUGCCAAAAAGGAAUGGAGCGAACUUUCCAACAUUGGUGAACUCAUCGAAUCCAAGGCACGAUCCCGUCAAGAAUUCAUAGAAGAGUGUAAAAAUGGCGUCUACGAUAAAGUCGUGGCUGUAUACAGAACUUUCACCAGUGUCGCUAUUACAGGUUUGAUUGAUGAAGAAUUAAUCAGUGCACUGCCAAAGGGUUUGAAGUUCAUUGCUCACAAUGGAGCUGGAUAUGACCAAAUUGAUGUACAUGCAUGCACUAAACACGAUAUCCGUGUUUCUAAUGUUCCAACUGCCGUUGAUGAUGCUACUGCCGAUACCAAUAUGUUUCUCAUUUUGGGAGCACUGAGAGGAUUCAAUACCUCAAUGAUGGCUCUACGAAAGAACCACUGGAAGGGCUCCCCAGCACCACCUCUUGGUCACGACCCUCAAGGAAAAGUUCUCGGUAUCUUAGGAAUGGGUGGUAUCGGACGAAACCUCAUGAAGAAGGCAACUGCUUUCGGCAUGUCUGUUCAAUAUCACAACCGUACAAAGCUUUCGGAAGAAUUGAGUGGAGGUGCUAAAUACGUUAGCUUCGAUGAGUUGUUGGCCACCAGUGAUGUUUUGUCCUUGAAUUUACCUUUGAACAAAAACACUCGUCACAUUAUCUCUACCGAGGAAUUCAAGAAGAUGAAGAAGGGUGUCGUUAUCACCAAUACCGCUAGAGGUGCAGUCAUGAACGAAGAUGCUCUAGUAAAGGCACUUGAAUCUGGCCAAGUUUGGUCAGCAGGACUAGACGUUUUCGAAGAGGAGCCAAAGGUUCAUCAAGGAUUGAUUGAUAACCCACAUGUCAUGUUGGUACCACACAUGGGAACAUGGACUGUGGAGACUCAAACCAAGAUGGAGGUCUGGUGUAUUGAUAACGUAAGAAGCGCCAUCGAGAAGGGUAAGUUGAUGAGCCCAGUAGGAGAGCAAAAGGAUAUGUAGAUAUGAAGUAGAGGAGGUAAAAUAGAAUUUUGGGACUGUAACCUUCGAAAUUUUGAUUUAAAGUGUUCACUGGGUCGAUAUACUCGGUCCAUUGCAAUUUCAACUUUGAGCGGUAUCGGCUCCAAUCAUUUGGUAGGCUUUCAUUGACUUCUUGAUUGAUCU